AAAAAAAAAGAAAAGAAACGAAAAAGAAGUCCAUUAAUUGCUGGUUAUAGACGUUCCUUAUAAUUAUCUGAUUCAUGGCUUUGUAGCUGGAAGAAUAUUUUCCAAUCUAAUGGAUGCAACUUGAUAUGUGUGGUAUGGACUACCCAAGAAGACGCCUGGUUUCUCGUGAAUCUACUUGCUAUUGGUUUCACGUGGAUAACAUAUCUCUGAUCGGACUAGUGUUAAAUUAAUUUUGUAUCUUUUAUUGAUUUGACAUGAAUAUCAUACAUUUGAUUAAAUUAAUGUUAAAUCA